AUGGCACCUGGGCACUGGGUGAAGGGCACCUGGGGCAUCUCUGUCACUGUGUCUGGGGCACCUGGCAGCUCUGCCAGCAGGUACAGGCACCUGGGCACCAGCACCACCAUCACCAUCAUCAUCCUCACCCUGCUGAGCCCCGCGCGCUCCUGCCCGGCCGUGUGCCGCUGCUCCGGCGGCCGCGUCUACUGCAACGACCGCGGGCUGACGGCCGUGCCCGAGGGGCUCCCUCCCGGUGCCACCACGCUGUUCCUGCAGAACAACCGCAUCGGCGACGCGGGCAUCCCGGCUCGCCUGGGCCGGCUGCCGGCGCUGCGGGUGCUUUACCUGUACGCCAACGCGCUGGAGCAGCUGCCGGCUCACCUGCCGCCGGCGCUGCGGGAGCUGCACCUGCAGGAGAACAACGUGCGCGGCCUCUGCCGCCGGGCGCUGGCCCGGGCGCCGCUGCUCGAGCGCCUGCACCUGGACGAUAACUCGGUGUCGGCGGCCGGCAUCGAGGAGGACGCGUUCGCCGAGAACCGCCGGCUGCGCCUCCUCUUCCUCUCCCGCAACCACCUGAGCAGCGUCCCCGCGGGGCUGCCGCCGGCGCUGGAGGAGCUGCGGCUGGACGACAACCGCAUCCACACCAUCCCGCUGCGGGCCUUCGAGGGGCUGCCGGCGCUGCGGCGCCUGGUGCUGGACGGGAACCUGCUGGCGAACCAGCGCAUGGCCGACGACACCUUCAGCCGCCUGGGCAACCUCAGCGAGCUGUCGCUCGGUCGGAACGCGCUGGCGGCGCCGCCGGCGAACCUGCCCCGAGCGCGGCUCCGCCGCCUCUCGCUGGCCGCCAACGCCAUCAGCCACGUGCCCGCCGGGGCUCUGGCGAGGAUGAGGGCGCUGGAGAGGCUGGACCUGUCGGACAACAACCUGACCACGCUGCCCCGGGGGCUCUUCGACGACCUGGGCAGCCUGAGCCACCUGGGGCUGCGCAACAACCCCUGGUUCUGCGGCUGUAACCUGGCCUGGCUGCGGGACUGGCUGCGGCGCCGCGCCCCGCCGCGCCUGGAGGUGCGGGGGCUGCUGUGCCAGGCGCCGGCGAGGCUGCGGGGGCUGCCGGUGGGCGAGCUCCGGGGGGAGAUGGACGCCUGCGAGAGCCCGGCCGCGGGUACCGGGACGUCCCCCGGUGCGUCCCCCGCCGCGUCGCCGGUGUCACCGGGAGGAGCCGCCGCCGCCGCGCCGGGGCUCUGGGUGCAGGCGGCUCCCGGGGGGGCGCUGAGGGUGCGGUGGCCGCCGGCUCCUCCCGGGGCGUCGCUGAGGUUGAGCUGGCUGCGGCCCGGGGGGGGAGCCGUGACCGAGACCUUGGUGCGGGGGGAGCGCGGCGAGUACGUGGUGCGGGCGCUGCAGCCCCGGGCCCCGUACCGGGUGUGCCUCGCCGCCCUGGAGCCCCCCGCCGCUCCCCCGCUCUGCGCCCAAGCCCGGGCGGGGGCGGGGACCCCUCGGAGCAGGACGAGCACCCCGCCCCUUUCGUGCAAGCCCCGCCCCUUUCAUGCAAGCACCACCCUCUUUGUGGGAGCCACGCCCCCGAGAACGCCUAUUCCCAGCGAGACCUCCGCGCCGCCAGGGAGCGCGCUCCGUCUCCACCUCGCCCUCCUUUUUCCCCCUCUCCUGUCCUCUGUGACCUGCGCCGCUCGCAACCAAUGGGAGAAGGGGAAAAUUCCAGAAGUCCCAGAGGAACCCAGCCAAUCAGCGCCCAGCGCCGGGAGACUCGCCCAAUGGGAGCGCGCGGGGGCGGGCCGCGAUGCCGGCUUCCGCCGGGGGGCGGCUCUGGGAGAGGGCGCGCCCCGCUGCGCGCGGCAGCCAAUGGGAAGGCGGGAACGCGGGAGAUCAGCCAAUGGGAGCGCCCGCGGGGGCGGGCGGGCGGGGCGCGCGGCCAAUGGGGCGCGGGGGGCGUGGGGCCGGGGGCGCUCCCGGAGCGGGGCCGGCUCCCAGCGGGCUCAGGAGCUGAAGGAGCGGGGGAACCGGGCUCUGGCGGCGGGGGACGUGGGGGCGGCCGUGGGGCACUACUCGGCCGCCAUCGCCCGGGACCCCAACAACCACGUCCUGUUCAGCAACCGCUCGGCCGCCUACGCGCGCCUCGGCGACUACAGCCGGGCCCUGGCCGAUGCCUGCCGCACGCUGGAGCUGCGGCCCGACUGGGCCAAG